GGGGCUCAGCUCCUGACAUGCGUAGCCUCCGACUCAUUGCGAUCUCAAUCCAGCUGCUUUGUUAUUCCCUGCUGCAUCCUGUGGAUGCCGCUUCACAUGGAGAGGCAACGAGGGUCUCUACGAUGCUCCCUCCCUCAGACAAGCCCUUGUCCUGCCAGAUGCUGCUCCCCAAGUCCCUGCCUGGCUUCACUCACAUGCCCCCUGUCUCCAAAUUCCUGGUAGGCCUGGCUCUAAGGAAUGCUCUGGAGGAAGCGGGCUGUCAGGCUGAUGUCUGGGCUCUUCAGCUUCAGCUUUACCGAUUAGGAGGUGUGGAGGCUACACAAGCCCUCAUCAGCUAUCUCCAAGAGCUCCAUAAGAGUGGACACACAGACCGGGAAGUGUCUGUGGAUGCCCUGUCCUCUGUCCUACAGCGCUUAGCCUGGGAGCAGCAGGGUCCAAAGAGGGCCAAACGUUCGAUUUCCAACACGGACUGUGAGAAUGAGCAGGAACAGAGUGUGCACAAUGUGGUUGACCUGCUACCAGCAGUAGGCACCUACUACAACCUAGGCACAGCUUUGUAUUACGCCUUUAAGAACUGCUCUGACAAGGCCAAGGAACGAGGUCGAGAUGGGGCCAUAGACCUGGGUUAUGAUCUCUUGAUGGCCAUGGUGGGUGCGUCAGGGGGUCCAGCUGGUGCAGUGAUCACGGUUGCUCUUAAGCCAGCGAUGAAGGCUGGGGUUCAGCGGCUGAUGCAAUAUUAUUAUGAUGAGAAAGAGGUGACCACCCCUCAGCCAAAGAACGGGAAGGAUACCACCACAGAUAUCGGUGUUGUGGAAGAAACAGCCAUGUCCAAUUUUGUGUCAGAAGUUGAAAGUACAACUUCUAACUGGGACUGGCCUUUAUUAAAGAACUAUGGUGUCUUGGCGUACAAGAGAUAGUAACAAAACAACAAAUAAGUGGAAAAUUCUGACAAGAGAAGUGUAGAUGGAUGGAUGGAUGGGUGGAUGGUUUGGGAUACUGUCAUCACUUGCCAGUAAUUUCCUUCUUGAAACUUAGAUUUUACACUCUAAUGGGGCGAACUUCCACCUGAACAAGUGAUUAUAGAAAUUAAAAAGUGAUAUCAUGAACCCACAGUAUUUAUCAUUCAUAUCCUCAAAAUUACCUUAUUACCUCAGCUCUUCCCUCCCUCUCCUAAGGCGUAAGGACGCAGGUCCCACCCUUUCUAUGGAGUCCUCGGCGCUUUCACGCACCCUGGUUUCAGUUUCCUUUCCCGAGUACGCACGGUUCG